UAACGAAAAAAAAAAAAAUCCGUAGACCCCCCCAAACGAUAACUUCCCGUCCCCUUUCGACGUCAUUUCGAAGAGAGUCUUGGAAGCUGUGUUUUGUCGAUUGUGAAUUCCGGACGACAGCUAGAAGGCUGUAUACUUCUCCACUACACGCGUGGCAAUUUUAUCUGAGAGUGCCGUGAACCGGUCGCUCGAAUACAGAAAUCGGAAAUUCUACCACGCUUAACCCAACUCCUCGCCAUGGCCUUGCGCGGUAGUUCAGGUUAUGAAGAAUCUGGAAUAACAGGAUACAAUUCACGCUGUGAAUAUGAAGAGCUCCUGAACAUACUCAAUGGCAGUAUGAUCAAGACGCAAAUAAUAUUUGAGCAGAUGAAGGGCCUUUCCAGCCAACUCUACGAUCCAGUGAAGAAAAUCGAUUGUGUAAGUAAGACACUGCAGAAACAGUUUUGGAUGAUGCAGAAGGUCGUGGUUUCUGCGAAUGAUCUCCCGCAUUAUGAUCAAGAGAACUCCAGUGCUGAGCUGGUACCCAUAGCGAGAAUUCGAGAGCUUGUCCUCAACAUCAAGAAUCUGACGGGAGAACUAGGAAAGCCCGUUGCUGUUCUGCAGAAGCUGGUCAACGAGAUGCAGGCUUUCUCCGAGAAGAGCUUCAUCAAAAAGUAUCGGGGAUAUCGCGAGGACUGCGUUCGAGGCUUCGCAGAGCAGCUGAGAUCUGUAAAUGACAAGUUUCUCAAACCAGUUAGUAGGCUGCAGGAUUUGAUCGGUAGAUUCCAGGGACUAACUGGCAACAUACAGAUAUACAUGAUCGCAAAGGCCCAAGAGGAGAGGAUGAGCACUCUGUUUACUGUGGUCAAAAGUCUUCGGAAAAUGAGCGACAAGGUGGCGCGGUUGAAUCAGCUGAUUAAAACCCUCUCCUACAAGGUGAACUGGUUUGCUUGCAAGUGCCAAGCCUUUAUCCUUAUGCUUGAGUCACAUGAUGACGAAUCGAGCGUCACCAUGAAAGACGAAGGCGAAGACAAGUGCGACCAUGCGGACAAGUGGGUCUGGGCCGAAUCGAGACUCCCAAUUCCGGCUAAAUUCAGAAGCAUGGCGGCCAAUCCUUCAUUGGAGGAUUUUGCAUAUUGCGUAGAUCUGAUGUGAGCCUACUACAGGAAUUAUUGAUUUUUUUGUAAAUAAGUACCUGUUAUUUUUUUUGCGUUUCGAUUGUCAAAAAGGUUUUGUAUUUUUGGUAGGAAUAUAUUACAUUUAAUAAAAAGGACUGUAUCAGUUAUAAAAGGCUGAAGAUUUGCAUUGAUUAAUCAGAUGUUGCAUAAUGUGGAAGAUGUAUUUUCCCUCAAGAGAGUGAUAUUUUGAUGUUUUUUCAAAGUACUCUGGAUGUUAGCUUUAACCUGUUACUUUUGUUAUUAUUACAAGUUUUAGAGAGACAUGAGGUAAUUACACGUUUACAAUGGAAAUAAAAGAAUGGAAGUGAUUGUGAUUGCAGUUUAUUUGGAAGAUAGAAAGGCCAGGUAUAUUACAGCAAAGGAAAAAUAAUCAUAUUUGUUAAGUGGCACUAACUUUGCUCAAGAUAUGCCGUAAUAGUGAAGUUUUGUAUUGCAUUUCCCGUACCAAGAUAGAUUUUUUAUAUAUUUUUUAUAGGUAACCACUUUUUUGUGAAUCAAGUCACUAAUAUAUGCGGUUUCUUUAUCCAAUCCAUCACAUUAUUAUAAUGGAUUUGUGACAAUUGACACUGCUGUGAGAUUUUUAUAGAUAAGAGGGUGAUAGUGGUUAUGUUAUGUUUACUGAUUGUGUUACUGUCUGUCUGUUCUAGGCAAAAAGGGAAUACGCUGUCAGAUCAUACUUAAUACAAAUUGAUUAACAAAA